AUGAGUCUUUCUUCCGACAACCAGAUCUGUAUUGCUUACUGCAACACCAGUGGACUUGUGGAAGCGUUUGAGACGGACACUGAAGGGGAGGUCUACAGGAGCCUUUUCUCAACGCACGUGGAAGUCGAAAAUCCUGUGACGGGUUCGCUUGGCACGUGUGCAGCGAAUUCGCUUUCCCUUAUUUCUGAAGGCCUCGUCGUUGCAGCAGACGACGGGACCAUUCGACUGGCCAGUAUGGAAGGCACUUGGAUUGCCAAGGCAAGACAACACAAUGCGGCAGUUGUCAAAGUCAUAGGUCUAUGUCACCAUGACUGUUUACUGAGUUUGGGUGCCGAUCACCGGUUGGUGUUAUGGAGACUCGCGGACGGACCUUCAUUCACUGUUUUGUCCGAACUAACAAUGACCGGUAUAGGAGAUCCACAGGACUUUACUGUUGUUACAAUGGAUGAAAAUCGUAGAAGUUAUCUGGCAAUGGUUUCCGGAUCUGGACUUCAACUUUGUUCUAUCAGGAUGCUGGAACAUAUCUGA